CUUUUAUUGUGAAACGUCCAGCUGAGGCCGAAUGCGACACCGGAAGAUCCGCAUUACAACUGCUGGUGAAGUGUUGCCAUUACAGGCAAGUGGCUAACGCUAAUGUUUGCUAACUAAUCAGCACGACAGGUGUCAGUGUUGUGUGUGUGUGUGUGAGUGUUCCAGCCAGAAUCAUGGAACAGUGUGCAUGUGUGGAGCGGGAGCUGGAGAAAGUGCUCCAUCGCUUCGUAAUGUACGGCCACCAGUCUGAGGAAAGGUUAGACGAACUCCUGCGCAGUGUGUGUGAGAUCCGAGGACAGCUAGUGGCAUUUGGAGUACAAGACGCAGACUUGUCGGUCUUGUCUCAGACUAUGGCCCAGUGUUGUAAGAAUAUCAAAGAAACAGUCCAGAUGCUCGCCUCCCGACAUAAGGACAUCCACGGCAGUGUGUCGAAAGUGGGCAAAGCCAUUGACAGAAAUUUUGAUGCAGAAAUCAGUGCUGUGGUGGCAGAGACAGUGUGGGACACCCCAGAGAGACAGAAAUACCUGAGUGAGACCAUUGUGGAGCACCUGUACAGACAAGGGAUGCUCAGUGUAGCAGAGGAUCUGUGUCAGGAGUCUGGUGUAGUUAUAGACAUGAGUAUGAAGCAGCCUUUCCUGGAGCUGAACAGGAUCCUGGAAGCUCUGAGGAUGCAGGACCUCCGGCCGGCACUAGAGUGGGCUGUGACGAAUCGGCAGCGCCUCCUGGACCUAAACAGCAGUUUAGAGUUCAAGUUGCACCGCUUGUACUUCAUCAGUCUGCUCAGUGGAGGAAUCGGCAACCAAAUGGAGGCCCUGCAGUACGCCAGGCACUUUCAGCCCUUCGCCUCUCAGCACCAGAGAGACAUCCAGAUCCUGAUGGGCAGUCUGGUGUAUCUGCGUCAUGGCAUCGAGAACUCGCCGUACCGCAGUCUGCUGGAGACAAAUCAGUGGGCAGAGAUCUGCAACAUCUUCACCAGAGAUGCCUGCGCUUUACUGGGCCUCUCCGUAGAGUCUCCACUUAGUGUUAGUUUUGCAUCAGGCUGUAUGGCCUUGCCAGUGCUGAUGAACAUCAAGCAGGUGAUAGAGCAGAGACAGUGCAGCGGAGUCUGGACACACAAAGACGAGCUGCCUAUUGAAAUUGACCUCGGUAAGAAAUGCUGGUACCACUCGGUUUUCGCCUGUCCAAUCCUUCGGCAGCAGACCUCAGAGAGCAACCCUCCCAUGAAGCUCAUCUGUGGCCACGUCAUCUCCAGAGAUGCCCUUAACAAACUGACUAACGCUGGAAAGUUGAAAUGCCCGUACUGCCCCAUGGAGCAGAACCCGUCACAUGCCAAGCAGAUCUACUUUUGAUACCGCUCACUCUACUCACGAGUAAGGAUGAAGUUCCCUGGAGCUCUUCACAUUUCCAGGACCAUUUUUUGCUCUGGCAACUUUCCUCUGCCCCUGGCCUCUCGGGCCUGUUAUUGUAAGCAUUAAGGUUUUACCCCAGUGCUUCACUGGACAGCCUUGGCCGCCCCGUUUCCACCUCGGACCCUCUCAAGUUUGCGUAGUACACAGAUUCCAGCGAGAACUACAACCUGUCGUAGAGUGAGGAGUCUCUCAGUCAUGAGGGCAUCCUCACAAAGAAGCACCUCUGAAAAAGGAUCAUUCAUUGAAACUCAUUUGCAAAUGCCUGCAGAGUUAUUGGCUUAUCUUUUUAAAUAUGUAAUACUUUAUAGUGUUUGUUUGCUUGAGUUGGAUGACUGCUUCUUUUUUCUUUUUCCCUGACGGAAGCAGUGAAAUGACUAUGGAUGGGUGUGUGUGGGGCAAAGGCAUAGAUAAGCAGUUUUUGACUUCAGGAUGGUAAUAAACUUCUGUUACACAUGAGAACAACAGAGUAACAAACUGUGUAGUAGGUUUAUUAUUUGGUGGCGAGGGGGGACUGUGGAGGUCUGAAAUCAAAGUCUUGAUUGUUGACCGAUUACUCCUCCAUAAUGUAAUACAGGCCUCACGUAGCUUGAAAGUCGGCUGAUGUAUCCACUUGAUCAGUGGAACGAUUAACUAACUUAUCAAUGGAGGAACGGCUUUUUUUUCUUUUCUUUUUGUGACUGACUGCACCAGCAAGAUCUCCCUCAUUAUAGAAGCCAUGUGUCUUGUUCUGUGUAUGUAUUUAACAAACGAUGACAAAAAGGAAACAAAAAAUAUAUACUACUGUGAAAUGUGCUUCGUUUCUAUUUUUCAUUGCAACCGCCAGCACCAGCUCAUGUAAAAUAGUAAAUUAAACUGAGGAGCAACGUGUGUAAUCAACUCUCCUGUGUAACUUUCAGAGCUAAUGGUUGGAGCGCGCCAUCGCCUCACUCUGACCCCCGCAUCGUGUUCCCUGAGCUUGCACGCCAUGUGACUUGGAGAUGUGAAGUGUGUGACAGUAGCCGUAUGGUCUGACUUGCAGUGACUGUAGGCUCGUGAUUCAGCUUUACUCGUCGUGGGUGGGUUUUGGACGGGGGGGGGGCGGUCGUGGGUCCUCUGAUCUUUGUGGCUGUUGUUUGAUAUAUACUUAGAAAAUGCCUCUGCUGCAUAGGUUUGCCUUUUUAUUUGAGAUGAAGUCAGAAGAGAUGAAGCAUUUAAAAAAAAAAAAAAGAUCUAUACAUUUCCUCAGGGCUCAUUGUAACAGUUCAUACCACACCUGGCAGUUACAAGAAACAUUACACAUUUCACUAUUGAGGCUGAUAGAUUGGGUGUUAUGGGAGUUUGUAUAUAUUAUUCAACUGGUGACGUGUGAAGCCAACACUUGGGGAAAGGGUGUCACAAGCGAGGCUUCUGGAUGUACAAUAUGGUUUCGGUGAUUCACACUAAUUGUGCGAGUGUCCUCUUGAAAAUGGUGAUGUCACCUCACACUCCAGUGAGGCAAAUUUCUUCAACAAGCACUGCACCAGCACUGCUCACACCGACUAUUGCAACAUUACGCUUGGUUUGAAGUCGCAGUUUAUGAUAAACGACUCCUGGUUUAACGUUUGUCUCGUGUGGAACUUCAGAGUUUCCUCCUGUUUUUUGUUGUUGUUUUUUUUCCCUUAUGUUUACAGUCAUUCAUCGCUUCUCUCGAGUGUUCCCUCGGAUCGACUGCUAGCGCUCCGUACUUUCUGUUAAGUUUUUGUCGAAUGAUUGCAUUUCCUGCUUUUUGUGUGUUAUGCAGCCUUUAUUGUAAAUAUUUAUCCUCGACCCUGUUUCAUAUACUUGCAUCUGAAAAUAAAAAAAAAUAAAAAUUUAUACUCCAA